UCUACAUUUCUUCACUUGACAACACUGAAUGCUUAAAUGAAGUAUUUCUUAAAGUAACAUUUAUAUAAAGUACAUUUUUUACAUUGCUAGUAUUAUCGUCUCAGUAUUAUGAUCAUUAUGAUCGUUUUGAUUUCAUGUUGCUUCUUUUUUACGCGUCGUGCAUAAUUUAAGGGGAGUGUGUGGAUUGAUCUUUUUUAAGUUUAAUCAUUAAUAAUGACAUUCUGAGACAUCUCAAAUAAAAGAAUGAACGGGCUAUAAGAAUGUAUUCACUGCCCCUGUGUUUCCACAUAAUAGGCUAUGCGUUUCCAUGGAUUUACAUUUGAAGUGAGUUCAGCAAAAUUGGGACAUCAGGUAGAACGGGACAAAUAAGUGUUAUGACACCUUUAUUAUGAUAAUAAAUCAUUAUAUUAUUAUGGGCUAAUAUGAACAAUGCCAUACAAGGUUAGAGUUGCUGUAACCUACUGUAUGUUACUGUUACCCUUCUGAUUGCAGCUGGUUUUACAUGUUUUUUCUAACUGGACCAAGCUGGUCAUUCUGGUCAACAGCUAGUCCCAGAUAGAAGAUCUAGAUGACCUGGUUUAUCUUGACAAAGCUGGUUAGAGCUAGAAGAGAACCUUGGACUGGUAAUCAAACAGCUGAUUCCCAUGAUGGCUCUGACCUGCCUUUGCGAGUCUAUGAAUGGAUCAGACCAGCCUUAUGUGUUCUGCAACAGCUCUACAUUCAACUUUACCGGCGAUGAGAGUGGGCGCUGUUACCUUCAGACCGUGGAUGAAGUUCUGUUUAGUCUUCUAGGCCCUAGACGAUCUCCUUUCUUCUUCCCCGUAACCAUUACGUACAUCCUCAUCUUCAUCACAGGGGUCUUGGGAAACCUCCUCACUUGCACUGUGAUCACUAAAGACAGGAAGAUGCGAACACCCAGCAACCUAUAUCUCUUUAGCCUGGCCAUCUCAGACCUGCUGGUGCUGCUCUUUGGGAUGCCGCUGGAAAUCUACGAGCUGUGGCAGAACUACCCUUUCCCCUUUGGCGAAGGCAUCUGCUGCUUCAAGAUCUUCUUAUUUGAGACGGUUUGUUUUGCUUCUGUGCUCAACGUUACAGUGCUGAGCGUGGAGCGCUACAUAGCUGUUAUUCACCCGCUCAAAACCCGUUACGCCAUAACCAACAAGCACGCUCAAAGGGUCAUCGCCAGUGUUUGGGCUCUGUCCCUGCUCUGUGCCAUCCCAAACACUUUACUUCACGGCCUGCAGUACCAGUACCUGCCAGAGAGGGUUCUGGAGUCAGCUACCUGCAACCUGCUCAAGCCCAAAUGGAUGUACAACUUGGUGAUCCAGGUCACCACUGUGCUCUUUUACUUUGUCCCCAUGAUGAUGAUCAGUGUGCUGUAUCUGAUGAUUGGUCUGACACUGGGCAGGGGACAGAAGCAGAGAAAGGACAAGCAGGGCAACCACAGCAAUGGCAGCUGGAAAAUCCAUCUGGACAGUAGACGGAAAAGGCAGGUCAUCAAGAUGCACUUUGUGGUAGUAUUAGUGUUUGCCAUCUGCUGGGCUCCAUUCCACAUCGACCGACUCUUGUGGAGCUUCAUCACGGGUUGGACGGAUCACAUGCAUAAAAUUUUCGAAUAUGUGCACAUAAUCUCGGGUGUGCUUUUCUACCUCAGCUCCGCCGUUAACCCCAUCAUCUACAACCUACUCUCCAGCCGUUUCCGUGAACGGUUUCAAGUGCUGAUGUGCAGUCACCUGUCGACAAACUCUUCUCGUAAUGACUCCACACCUUUCUAUGUAUUUCCCAAAGACCCCCCUACUGAUCUCCAAGAGCAGGAGCGUGGGCGGCCCACUUCCUUUUGUCAUUAUCACCAGCAGUUGGGGACGGGGGAAUGAAUGCUUUCAUCUGAGAAAACAUGCUCUGUGAUCUCAUAUAGGCAUCUUUGGUACCCCUCACUAAAAACAGAAAUAUAUAAUGAUGUGAAACAUGUCAAUUACAAUACUGUAAAUAAUAAGCAAUUCCUUAAAACCACAUGUAAAUGGAUAUACUGGUUUGGACUGAUAUGGACUAAAAGUGAAAAAUCUGAAAAAAACAAAACAAAAAACGCUGUACAAUUUUGCAAAAAUGCCAUUUAUCAAGUCAUUCAUGGUCAAUAUUACAGUUCUUGUGAACAUUAGUAAAAAAAACGGGAGACAAAACUCGCUGCUAUGCAUCUGUUUAGAGAUGAAAUGGGACAUCUCUGUAUCAAACGUUCUUUAUAAUUCAGAUUGUGUGAAAGCAUAAAUAUUCCUGUUUCUUUAUUCAAAGCUUUUUCAUUCAAAUUAGGCUUUAUGCAUUUAGAUGAUCUAUUUAUGUAGAUCGUAUAGACGUUAUGCUUCAGAGAAACAAGCGUGCAGCCAUCUUUUGAAAUUUGUGUUUGAACUUCCGUUCUUGCGGUAGCUCUGUAUAUUUACAUCGGCGUCGAAGAGUUUAGCUGGUGAAGUGGAUUUACUUAUUGUAGAGGUAUAACAAAAGUUAUCAUUAGCAUUGUAAUGUUUGAAGUGGAUGUCAUAACAAAUGCCAGUAGACCGGGAAGAUUUUAAAACGCGCGGUUCAUUCAUAAAUCCGUAAGAUCUUACCUUCAUGCUGUGGAAAUAUAAACCAGAAGACAGAACACAACGAGCGCAGUGCUUAAAAGGGGCGGGGCUAAGGUCCUAUAGACAUCUAUCUAUCUAUCUAUCUAUGUGCAUGUGC